AUGGCUGCAGGCGCACAGCGCGAACUAACACAUGACGAACUAUGGGACGACUCCGCGCUCGUCGAGUCGUGGAAUGAAGCUCUCGAAGAAUACCAGGUCCGCACCAUCAUCUAUCCUCGAAGUCCAAAACAAGACACUAACAGCCAGGAACAGAAAUACCACUCUCUCGCCGCCCGCGGCGAAAAAGUCCCUGUAAUCGACAUCCCGCCCAAGCGACCCGCACCGCCCUCGAAAGCCGCUGCGAUGCUGAACGGGACCCGUCCAGCGCCACAAGCUCGUAAAGAGACCCCCGAGGAUGUUGGACCGUCGCCGAUGACCACCCUGCCAGGGAAUUUCAUAGGUCCUGCUGCACCGCCGAAGUCAUCGACUGCACCCGCAGCUGCUUCUACACCAAAUGUGCCGGCUUACCUGGCGGGUUUGCCGCAAGCGAUGAUCGGAGCCACUAUCCAAGACGAGAACUUGAAGAACAUGAUGCUGUCUUGGUAUUAUGCAGGCUAUCACAUGGGUUUGUACGAGGGCCAGCAGAGGGCUUGGGCGCAAAUGCAGGAGGCACAGGGCGAGCAGCAGCAAGGCGAGGAGGCUGGUUGA